AUGAAAUUUAUUGAUGAAUUGGAUAUUGAACUGGUCAACCAGACGUUGAAUUUUGAAACCACUGAUUGCAAAGUCAGUGGAGGAUGCGAUAUAUUUACAACUAAACCGGUUGCCUCUGACAAAAAACUCUACAAGACUAUUGACCGUCAUUUAGACUCUUUAUUGCAGGAGAAUGAAAGUUAUAAUAAUGCAGUCCAACAGCAAAUAGCUCUCGAUAACUCUGGCAGUUUAUCUUCUUCUCCUCAGGAAGGGAAAUUGGAGGGUGUUAACCUGUACAGUACUCGAGGAGAAUCUGGCUCUCCUACUUCUUUUUGGGAACAAAAGAGGAGGAUGUCAGUGAGCGAAAGUCCCGCUGGGAACGGGGGAAAUGGCAUUCUGCUCAAAAGCCAGAAGCUUAAUGAUCAAAACUUGAAGGACUUAGUAAAUUCAGAAACUGGAUAUCUGAGUUCUUCAUCCGUCGAGUCGGGGUCGAGGUCGAGUGGGAAUCUACGCCGGACCAGCAGUGUAUCCAGUAUGACGAUGAAUGGUAACGUGGGACCUUCUUUUGUGAGAAGGAGAUCUUCAGUGCACAAAGAGAAUGUGAACAUCGGCCCUUUUGGUCCUAUAAAUGAAACAGCUAGCCGGCGUACUUUUGCCUAUCUUAUCGCUAUUUUAAAUGCCUCUUAUCCCGAUCAUGACUUCUCUUCCCUGGAACCAACGGACUUCAUCAAAUGCUCCAUGAAGUCUUUAAUAUCUAAGUUUGAGAAUUCCCUCAUAUCUUUCGGAAAACAACCUCAAGAAUGGGUUUGGGAAAGCAUAAACUCUCACAUGGAUAUUUCAGACUGCGUGAUAUAUCAAUACAAACCGGCAAGAUCCUUUCUUGACGAUGAGCCAGGCCAUCUGUGGAGUCUUAUGUGGUUUUUAUUCAAUAAGAAAAGGAAAAGAGUUGCAUUUCUCUAUUUGAACGUGUCAAGGCUCAAGAAUCUGUCAUCUGGCUCAAAUUCCGAUAGUGCCCUUGUAGACGAUGAAGAGGAGGGAAAACCUAGCAAUGUUCGAAAAGGUAGGAGGAAAUUAACCAUCGACCAUGAAACAAACGCUUUUGAGGGCGAAUAUGACUUGACAUGUAAUUCUGCGGAUGAAAAUGCUAUUGAAGAUGAUGAAGAACCUGUUGAGAAUGUGAAUUGA